AAUGUCCAUCAAUAGAUGGAUAAACAAAAUGGUAUAGUGAUACAAUGGAGUAUUAUGCAACCACCAAAAGGGAGAAGGUGCUGACACGUAACACAACCCGGAAGAGUCUCAAAAACAUUAUGACAAGUGGAAGAAAUCGGGCACAAAAGGUCACAUAUUUUAUUAUUUCUCUUAUAUGGGAUCUCCAGAAUAGGCAAAGCCAUAGAGAAAAAGCAGGUUAGUGGUUGCCUGGGCAGGGGCGCCAGUCGGGGAGUGGGGGAGUAGUGGUGGGGAAUGAUUACUUAAAGAGUACAGGAUGUUCUUCUAGGGUGAUGAAAAAAAUAAGUUUUGAAACUAGAGAGAAAUGAUAAUUUGCAUAAUACUGUGAAUGCACGAAGUGCUACUGAACCGUUCAUACUUUAAAACGGUUCAUUGUAUGUUAUGGGAAUCUCGUCUUAAAAAAAAAAAAAAAGUUCGGUUUACCAGCAUCCUUCCCCUCAAGAAAGAGAGUCAAUGGGCCCACUAAAGACUGAGCCAAGAAAACUGCCCAGAUUAACACUCUCGGACACAGUGGUAGCAUUUGAAGCAGCAGAAUGAAGCUAAACUAAGAAAUCGGUGGGGAGAUGUUAACCUCCUGCUUCGUGGGUGGGCGCAAGAGUGAAAGUCCUGUGUGCUCAGUGACAUCAGAGACCUCGGAUUUAAAGUGUAGGGCUGCAACGGGUCCUAAAACCAUCACUGGACCUGGAUUUGCCCGGGGCGACUGUGACUCCAGGUAGCCCAGGCCGCAGAGCUGGAAAUGGUCCAGGUCUUCCCACACAGGCACUCCGCCAGACCACCAAGCAAGGCUUCGUAGGGGAGGUGGGUUUUAGGUUGGCUUCAAAGCCCCAGGAAAUUCUGGUGGGCAAAGGAUUGUAGGCUGGCAUUCCAGGCCCUUGGAAAGAGGCGCGGAGGUGUGACGAGAUAAGGGCAGGGACGGACGGGUGGACUUGGCCUCGCCCAGGGCCCCCUCCGCGCUUGCGGCCAGGCGGGAAUCGCAGGCUUUCUGCGCCGCGGGACGGUGCGCUGUCCUGCACACAGUGAACAGCUCUGUGGUUUGCAUGUUUCAUGCUCCAGCCUGAACGAAUAAAUCCUGACAAAACGUUGGUUAACUGACCUAAUGGAUGUCCUUCACAUCAGGAGAGCAGUAGGAUUUUACCGGCGCCCCAAGACACCGAAGGGAAACCUGGAGCAAAUAGCGAAAGUAAGCCCUCGGCUUUGCAAACUGGACUUGCGCCUUGCAACUGCAGAGCACAUGUGCGUGCCCGCCGCGCACGGGAAAUGCGCCCAGCGGCCCAAGGUUGCGAGCAGGAUCUCAAAGCGUCCUCAAUCCUAUAAAAGCCAUGGGGGGUGAGGAGAUGUGGUUUUUUUGUUUGUUUGUUUUGUAAAAAACGGAAAUGGAAGGUAAGUGUAUUGCCCAUUUCCUUUGUCCAGAGUUGGGAAGCAGGUUCUUUGCCCGAACUUGUUUCCGGCUUCCUUUGUUUCUGUGCGGCUUGGAGGGACUCGGCAGGAGAGCUCCUUUUAUAAAGCGGAGUGGGGAGCUUUCCCCCAAAUCUUCUAGGUCUUGUCAGAGUAAUGUGGCGUUGGUAAGCAUUAGGGAGGAAUUGGCAGGCGCCAGAGACAGCGGAGCCUUCGAUAGCUCAGUUGGUAGAGCGGAGGACUGUAGUGGUACGAGUUGCGGCAAUCCUUAGGUCGCUGGUUCGAUUCCGGCUCGAAGGACUUCGUACAAUCUUUUUAGCUUCCAACUCAAGCCAAUCAGGUCGUAGGGAGAAAGUUUCUCUCAGAGGCCCGCUGUGGAUUUGCAGGAGUACGGCAGAUGUUCGGUGAAACACAUGUGCAGUGAGUCUUCCGGUUUAUUUCUUGGUCACUUUUGUCUUGCCCUCCUCCCAGCGGGCAGGCCGUUAACCGUCUUCUGAGAAGACCCCGGUGGAACCCUCUGGCCGGAUCUGCCCGCCGAGCCCCCAAAAGCCACUGGCUCAGCUCUCAGGGCCAGAGUGGGCAGGAGGAUGCUUUCCCAGCCUCACCAUGGAGCUGCGCUGUGGGGGAUUGCUGUUCAGUUCUCGCUUUGAUUCAGGGAACCUAGCCCACGUGGAGAAGGUGGAAUCUGUGUCUAGUGACGGGGAAGGAGCAGCAGGUGGGGCAUCAGCCCCCACCAGUAGCAUCGCCUCUUCUCCUGACUACGAGUUCAACGUGUGGACUCGACCAGACUGUGCUGAAACGGAGUUUGAGAAUGGGAACAGGUCAUGGUUCUACUUCAGUGUCCGGGGAGGAACUCCAGGGAAACUCAUCAAGAUCAACAUUAUGAACAUGAAUAAGCAAAGCAAGCUAUACUCCCAGGGCAUGGCCCCCUUUGUGCGCACACUCCCCACCCGGCCACGCUGGGAACGCAUUCGAGAUCGGCCCACCUUUGAGAUGACAGAGACGCAGUUUGUGUUAUCCUUUGUCCACCGUUUCGUGGAGGGCCGUGGGGCCACCACCUUCUUCGCCUUCUGCUACCCCUUCUCCUACAGUGACUGCCAGGACUUGCUAAACCAGCUAGACCAGCGCUUUCUGGAGAACCACCCUACCCAUAGCAGCCCCCUGGACACCAUUUACUACCACCGUGAGAUCCUUUGCUAUUCUUUGGAUGGACUUCGUGUAGAUCUGUUAACGAUCACUUCCUGCCAUGGGCUUCGAGAAGAUCGAGAGCCCCGUCUAGAGCAGCUAUUUCCUGAUACCGGCACCCCCCGACCCUUCCGUUUCACAGGCAAGAGGAUAUUCUUCUUAAGCAGUAGGGUACACCCUGGGGAGACUCCAUCUAGCUUUGUCUUCAAUGGCUUUCUGGACUUCAUCCUUCGACCUGAUGACCCCCGGGCCCAAACCCUGCGUCGCCUCUUUGUCUUUAAGCUGAUUCCCAUGUUGAACCCCGACGGUGUGGUCCGGGGCCACUACCGCACAGACUCGCGUGGAGUGAACCUGAACCGUCAGUACCUGAAGCCCGAUGCAGUCCUGCACCCAGCCAUCUACGGGGCCAAAGCUGUGCUUCUCUACCACCACGUGCACUCCAGACUGAACUCCCAGGGUCCCUCUGAGCACCAGCACAGUCCCCAUCUCCCUCCUGAUGCUCCCCUUUCUGACCUCGAGAAAACCAACAAUAUCCAAAAUGAAGCUCACCUUGGGCACGCGUCUGACGGGGAUGACCCUGAAGGCUGGACACAGACCGAGUCGGCAGAACAGAAGCCCAGCGGUGUGUGGAUUAUGCCACAACGGUCCGCUGAGGUUGAGCAGCCGGCCCCCGACACCAUCCCCCCUAAAGAGAGUGGCGUCGCUUACUAUGUGGACCUGCACGGACAUGCUUCCAAAAGGGGCUGCUUCAUGUAUGGAAACAGCUUUAGUGAUGAGAGCACCCAGGUGGAAAACAUGCUGUAUCCAAAGCUCAUCUCCUUGAACUCAGCACACUUCGACUUCCAGGGUUGCAAUUUCUCAGAGAAGAACAUGUAUGCCCGAGACCGCAGAGAUGGCCAGUCUAAGGAGGGAAGCGGCCGGGUUGCAAUCUACAAAGCCUCAGGGAUAAUCCACAGCUACACACUUGAAUGCAACUACAACACCGGACGCUCAGUUAACAGCAUCCCUGCCGCCUGCCAUGACAACGGGCGGGCCAGCCCCCCUCCCCCGCCGGCUUUCCCCUCCAGAUACACUGUGGAACUGUUUGAACAGGUGGGACGAGCUAUGGCCGUUGCAGCUCUGGACAUGGCAGAAUGCAAUCCAUGGCCCCGAAUUGUACUGUCAGAGCACAGCAGCCUCACGAACCUCCGCGCCUGGAUGCUAAAACACGUGCGCAGCAGCCGCGUCCUGAGCAGCACUGUGAACGUGGGUGUCAACAAGAAGAGAGGCUCUCGAACUCCACCCAAAAGUAACAACGGCUUGCCUGUUUCCUGCUCUGAAAAUCCCUUGGGCCGUGCACGCAGUUUUAGCACUGGCACAAGUGCCGGUGGCAGCAGCAGCAGCCAGCAAAACUCUCCACAGAUGAAGAACUCCCCCAGCUUUCCUUUUCAUGGCAGUCGGCCCACAGGGCUGCCAGGCCUGGGCUCUAGCACUCAAAAGGUCAGCCACCGGGUGCUGGGCCCCGUCAGAGAGCCCCGAAGCCAGGACAGGAGACGGCGGCAGCAGCCACUGACCCAUCGCCCUACUUCAAGUGGCCUGGCCCCAUCCCCAAAUCCUGCUAGUUCUAGCCCAGCAGCCUCACACAACAUGGGCUCCUGCCUACUCCCCAGCUCAUUCAGCAUAUCAGGGAGCAGCUGCUCAUUCCUGUCCUCAGGCGACAAGCCAGAGGCUGUCAUGGUGAUUGGGAAAGGGCUGCUAGGGACUGGACCUCGGAUCCCCUGUAUCAGGACACGACUGCAGGCUAGGCCCAGGUUGGGCCGGGGCUCACCGCCGACUUGCAGAGGGAUGAAAGGCUCUUCGGGCCCCACAUCCCCUACACCCCGGACCAGGGAGAGCAGUGAGCCGGAGCCAGGACCCAGCUCUGCACCAGGGCUGCCUCAUGCCGGGCCCCCACGGCCCCGCUCUGCCCCUGCCUUUUCUCCUAUUUCCUGUAGUCUAUCUGACUCCCAGUCCCGGAUAUGUUACAGCGGGGGGCCUUUGGGCCAGCCUGAGGUUUGUUUUGUCCCUAAAUCACCCCCACUCACUGUUUCUCCCCGGGUCUGAUGCCUCCACCUCCAUGCCCAGGAUAUAGCCCCAAGAUGGGGUACACAGUGAGAAAUGUGCUAGCCUCCUCCCUCAGCUGUUGAUUCCAUGUGACAACCAUAACUCCUAUAUGAACGGACAGUGAAUACCAGCCACACUGUUCUGAGACAUCCCAGAGCAUCACCUUGAGACAGCACAAAGCAGAAACCUGCUACCCCAUCCCUCCCUCCACAGCACAAGAUUUUGGGACCACAAAAAAUAUAUAUCUAUAUUUUUAUAUUGGGGGGAGGGAGGAGAAAAAGCCCCUAUACUGGGCCCUACUCAGUGGCAGCUUCUUGUUCCAUAGGGUUAAGGAAGACUUUGAGGAAAUAAAAGUUGUUUGGAAAAAUCCA